UAAAGCAACACAUAAAAGGAGCCAGAAACUCAGCAAAUCCUUCAGUGAAGGGAAGACAAACUGCACCGAGAUUUAUCUCCAUGGAGAAAUCCACUGACAAGCCACACAAUGGAAACGGAUCGACAGCUCCUGCAGUUCCGCAGGCUGAGAAGGACAGUCCUGCACCCACUGCAGAAGGUGCUGCAGAAAUUAGCAGGGCGGGAGCCCUAGCAGAAAAUGCUGCGGACGUGAAGAAGCUGGAAUUCACUGAAGAAUGUACUAAAGACAUGGAGAGACCUUCAGGCACAGAGCAAGACAGUCUUGAUGCCUUUAAACCAGCGAUUUCAGAUGGAGACUGUCCAAACUCAGAGCCUGUCGUUAUGCUAACGAAGAGAAACUCUCCCGAAGUACGCAGUUUCGAAAUGAACCACCAGUGUUCAAGCACAUCUCUUGAUAUGGACUGCCUAGUCUGCUUCAACAAGUACAACAUCUACAGAGUACCAAAGCUCCUGGACUGCCAGCAUGCCUUCUGCGCCGUCUGCCUCAAGCUUAUCCUCCGGAAAGAAGACAACACCUGGAUAAUCACCUGCCCCCUGUGCAGAAAAGCCACUUUUGUGUCAGGAGGACUCAUCCGCACACUUCAAAAUAAAGAAGACAUCAUGGAGCACUUGGAAAACCCCGACUCAAAUCCUGAGGUACACAUCUCUGCCAUAGGGCUGGACAGCAAUAGCUGGACUCUGAGCAGCCAAGACGCUUUAUACAGAGAUGAAAACGUUCCAGCAGACAACAGACUGGCUAUCCAGAGACUCGUGCUGCUCCUGCUGCUUGUGGUGAUUCUCACCAUCCUCAUCCUCCCCUUUAUAUACUCUGGGCUGAUAAAAUGGCUAAUUUGUCUUAUGCUUGGUUUGGGGUUGGUCAUGUCGAUGGUGCUUUGCUGCACUCCUAAAUUCUACUGGAGGUGUAACAGGGACUCACUCGCCCCCUGCCACAAGGAGACCCACAUCACUGCUAUUGCCUGAGAUGAUUAACGUGAGCUGCCCAGAGAGAACGGACCGGUCCUGCCUGCAAAGCUGCACGUUAGGCGUGCUAGUCAGUUAUUGGACUUUGAAAGCAAUCAUUCACGUAAUAAAUUCAACAGGCGGCUAAGCUAUCCCACUGAGACUCAAUGGCGAUGCCAAGUGUUGUUAAAUUUCAUUAACAGAAACAUAGUCAAAUAUUUAUAUGUUGAUAUUUAUGAGAUAAAAAUUGUAGGUUUUGCACCCAAUUUUUAUCCCAGGCUGAUCAUUUUGUUGUUUUGCUUUUGUCAUGUUGUUCUUGUUCGUACCAUCUUCUGAUUAGCGCUGCAGAACAUUAUCUGAAACACCUGACAGAUGAUGUCCUGUGAAAAUCACUAGCUGUGGUUGUGUUUUCGCACUCUCUGAACACAUGUACACCUUUUUCAUGUGACAAUGUGGGGAAAUAAGAUUGCUAAAUCAGGGGCUGGGUGCCUAGCCUCAAUGGAAGAGAGCAGUUUCAACCCAGGUUAUCACUUUAAUCCCUAUCCCUGCCCAAACGGUUGUUGGCAGGGAUGGGAAAAGGACAGGGAAAAGGGGAUGUCAGUUGAUGCCAUUUUAACUUACACACAAAAUUAGAGAGGAAGAGGCAAAAAUCAACACUCCUAAUCUUGAGUCUGUGGACUGCAAAGGGUAAGGCUCUCGAAAGCUCAUGACACUCCAAAUUCCCCAUGUUAUUUAGCACAGAAAUAGUUACCUGAGCUCCUUUAUUUGUCUCCCUGCACUGCCUCUCUUCUUGUCUCAGAGAUGCCCACAGAGAUAAAAAGAAAUCUGUCAAUUGCUAUGCCAUACCACAUGUGAUAUUUUUAUAUGGAAUGU